UAGGAAUUUGGAGUUCCCCAAGACAUGGCCAACGACAUUUAACAUUGUCCAAUUUAAGACUCUUGGUCAUCAAGAAUGUGGAAAUUUGAACCAAGAUAAUCUUAUUAGUAGUAAUUAUGUAGAGAAUUCAAAGGUUAGCGAGAGCUUGCUUUUGAUGAAAUUCUACUCUUUGUCUUCUGGUGUGACGAGACAUUUGCUGUCCAAUCAAGAAGGAAAAGAACUGGAGUUACCAUUCGAAGUAACAGACCAGGAACGAGAUUUAAUUCUUUUCCCACAAAGUACUUUUAUACUUGGAAGGUCUGGUACGGGGAAAACAACAGUUCUAACAAUGAAGCUUUAUGAAAAGGAGCAAAGGCACCGAAUUGCUUCAAUGGGUUUCAGUGCAUUAGACAUUAAUGCAACUUCUAAUGUUAAAGAAAGAAAGAAAGUUGGAGAAACUAGUCGGCCUGAAAAAGAAACUAUCCUCCGCCAACUUUUUGUGACAGUGAGUCCAAAGUUAUGUUAUGCCAUAAAGCAACAUGUUUCUGGACUAAAAAGAUUUUCUUGUGGAGGAAGCUUCUCAGUUGAUGAAAAAUCAGAAGAUCUUGAUGAGAGCGCAUGGUUUACUGAUAUAUCUAAUUCAUUUAUUGACAUCCCCAAUCAAACGUACCCUCUUGUUAUUACAUUUAACAAGUUCCUAAUGAUGCUCGAUGGAACAUCUGGUAAUUCAUUCUUUGAAAGGUUUGUUGGUCUUAGCGAGUUUUACGGAAAAAGAUUGAAUUCUAGGUCAAUUGCUUUGCAAACAUUCAUUAGAACUAAGGAGGUCAACUACGAUAGAUUCUAUUCAUUCUAUUGGCCUCAUUUCAACUCCAAUCUGACAAAGAAGUUUGAUCCAUCGAGAAUAUUUACUGAGAUCAUUUCUUGCAUAAAAGGUGGCUUGCAAGCUGGGAAGACUUAUAGUGGAAAACUUGAUUUGGAGGAAUACAAAGCAUUAUCCAAUGGCAGGACAUCUACUUUGACGAAACAAAGGAGGCAUGAAAUCUAUGAGAUUUUUCUAGAUUAUGAGAAAAUGAAGUCGGAGAAUGGUGACUUUGAUUUAGCAGAUUUGGUAAUUGAUCUUCACCAUAGGCUAUCAAAAGAGAGAUUUCAGGGUGAUGAAAUUGAUUUUGUAUACAUCGAUGAAGUGCAAGAUCUGAGCAUGCAACAGAUCGCACUUUUCAAGUAUGUUUGCAAAAAUGUAGAAGAGGGUUUUGUUUUUUCAGGGGAUACUGCACAGACAAUUGCAAGAGGAAUAGAUUUCAGGUUUGAAGAUAUAAGAUGUCUUUUCUAUAACGAGUUUAUGUCGGAAUCAGGAGGAGAUGUUACUGGUAGAAAUGAUGUUAAAGGGAAAAUGUCUGAUAUCUUCAACCUUAACCAGAACUUUCGUACACAUGAUGGUGUUCUAAGAUUGGCUCAAAGUGUAAUUGACCUUAUUUACAAUUUUUUCCCUCAAUCUAUUGACUUUUUGAAUCCAGAGAGAAGUCUUAUUUAUGGUGAAUCACCUGUUCUACUUGAAUCGGGAAAUGACGAGAAUGCAAUUGUAACUAUAUUUGGGAGCAGCGGAAGUAUGAGUAGUAACAUUAUUGGGUUUGGAGCCGAGCAAGUGAUUUUAGUUCGAGAUGAUGAUGCUAGAGAGGAAAUAUCUUGCUAUGUUGGAAAGCAUGCACUAGUUCUUACUAUUAUGGAGUGUAAAGGGUUAGAGUUUCAGGAUGUGUUAUUAUAUAAUUUCUUUGGUUCAUCGCCACUGAAGAAUCAAUGGAGAGUUGUUUAUGAGUUCAUGAAGCUUCGAGAAUUACUUGAUGAUAAAUGCAAGUCCUUUCCAAGCUUCGAUACCACGAGACAUGGUAUUCUAUGCUCUGAGCUGAAACAACUUUAUGUUGCCAUUACCCGUACGAGACAAAGGUUGUGGAUUUGCGAGAACAAAGAGGAGCUCUCAAAACCCAUGUUUGACUACUGGAAGAAGUUGUGCCUUGUUCAAGUCAGGCAAUUAGAUGAUUCUCUUGCAAAGGCAAUGCAAGUGGCAAGUUGCCCUGAGGAAUGGAAACAAAGGGGCAUAAAGCUAUUUUAUGAGAGUAAUUACGAGAUGGCUACAAUGUGCUUCGAGAGGGCUGGAGACUUAACCUGGGAGAGAAGAGCUAAAGCUACUGGACUCAAGGCUGCUGCUGACCGGCUUCGCGGUUCAAAUGAUGAAUUAGCUUUUACGAUACUUCGUGAAGCUGCUAAAAUUUUUGAAUCUAUUGGAAGGGCUGAGAUUGCUGCAGAAUGCUUAUUUGAACUAGGAGAGUACGAGAAAGCUGGGAGAAUUUAUUUGGACAAGUGUGGGAAGCCUGACUUAACAAAGGCUGGAGAAUGUUUCUUUCUGGCAGGUCGGUCUGACCUUGCAGCUGAAGUCUACGCUCGGGGAGGCUUCCUAGCCGAGUGCUUAGAUGUAUGCAAUAGAGGAAAACUCUAUGAUAUGGGCUUGAAGUACAUAGAGUACUGGAAACAACACAAUCACUCUGAUGGCAGUUUUAUUAAAAAUAGCAGUGGAAUUGAUGAAAUCGAACAAAAGUUCCUCCAGAAUUGCGCAAUGAAUUACUACAAACUUGAAGAUCGAGUAUCCAUGAUGAAGUUUGUUCGAGCUUUUCAGUCAACUAAUACAAAACGCCAGUUUUUGAAAUCUUUAGAUUGCCUGGAUGAGCUUUUAUUGGUAGAACAAGAAUCGGGUAAUUUUUUGGAGGCUGCCGUGAUUGCAAAGAUGAGGGGUGAUCUUCUUUUGGAGUCUGAUCUAUUGGGGAAGGCAGGCUGUUCUAAUGAAGCUGCCAGGCUUCUCAUUUGGUCGGUCUUUCUUACUUCUCUCUGGGCACAUGGAAGCACAGGUUGGCCUCUCAAGAGUUUUGCUACGAAAGAUGACCUUUUGGAAAAAGCUAUUUCAUUUGCAAGAACAGACCCAAACUUCUAUAAGAUGAUCUAUACUGAUGCGAUGAUUUUAUCAAGUGAGAAAGCAAAAUUGUCUGAUUUGAUUCUUUACUUGCAUGCCUCUGUGAGGAAUGGAAGCCUGCGAGGUGAAAUUUUGUCUAUACGGAGAAUUUUGGAUCUUCAUUUGUGCGUAAAUGGAUCCAAAUAUGAAUUGGAAGAUGAACUGGUAGAUGAUCCGUUUAGUCAUUCACAGAAGAUUCUUUCACGCAACAGUGUUUCUGUCGCAUCGUUGUUGUUCUACUGGAAUCUUUGGGCCAAAAUGAUAUACAAAAUCAUCAGCUUUCUAGAAUCUUCUAAGAAACUGGAUCUUGAGGAGAACAAUGCCUAUGUUCUGUUCUGCUUUGAAUAUUUUGGUGUAAGGAAGCAACAUAACAAUCUGAAUUCUAGCACCUACCAUUUGUUGAAUCCUGAAGCUGAUUGGGUAAAAAAGAUUGACAAAAGAUUUAUUAGAAAGAAAGGAAACCUACUUUAUACUGACCUUAGCAAUUUUUCCACUGUUUCUUUGAGCCACUGGCGUUCCGAAUUGCUUUUUGUCGGUCUAAAGGUUUUGGGAACUCUUGAAGUCAUUUCUGGCAGGAUUUCCCCAUCUCUCUUUUGCAGGACCAUGCCCCUUUUACACAUAUACAUGAUUGCAAAAUUUCUGAAUUCAAAGGAUCUUGGGAAACAUCAUGAUUUGCAGAGACUGCAAUAUUUUCUUAGAAAAUCUCAUCAGCAUUUUCAGAAUGUGUUUCCAUUAGACUGGAACCAAACUUUGAAUGAUAACAUUGUUUUCUUGAGAAGAACAGACGAUUUCCGAAGUUUAUUGCAUGAAUCUUUGCUUGAAGGUGUUUUGUCUAAGGGUGGUCUUACACAUGGGCAAAUUGGUAGAAUAAUGGCACUGUAUCUUUCCUCUGGCAGACCAACUGACGAAAUGGUCAUGAAGAUUGCAGAAAGGCUCAAUCGUCAUUCAUCUUGGAAAAUUUUCUUUGAGGAUUCUAAUCAGGACAUAGUGACCCGAAUUUCACAGAACCAGUCAAUUAUAGUGAAAAUAUCUUCCGCAUACAAGCUCAUGACAGCUUUGAAAGAGACAUACGGAGCUAACUGGAAGGUGCACGAUUACAUAUCUCCAAUAUGUUUCUUGUAUAUCUUGGAACGCCUUCUCCUGCUCACUUCCCGCUCCCAAAAAUUUCUUUACACCACAAAAUCUGUUUUUGUGGAAUGGCUUAUUUAUGAGAAACCAGGUGAGAAUCUUACAAUCAACCCAAAAGAAGAUGCACUACACGAGAUUUUCAGUUAUAUUGAAUACUUAAUCAGGCAACUCCUUUAUGACCAUGAAACAGAACAAUGGAUACGGAAUUCCAGUGUUAAUAUUGUUAACUUCUAUCCGAUAAUGGUGUUGAGAUGUGUGAUAAUGUCUUGCUUGCUUUACUUAAAUACGGGUAAUGACAUGUUAAACCAAAUUCUUAGACAGAAACACAUCACUUCAAGACUGCCGACAAACUUUUAUACUGCUCUAAGGACGAGAAAUACUAGGCUGAAUGCAGAUGUAAUAUCCGAUGCACUAGCAAUGAUUGGUAAUCCACUUGUGAUUGUCAGUUGGCAAGAUAGAUGUCCAGUAACUGUAUCUCCUAGUGUCAUUUUUCUGGAACUUAGAGAUGGAAUGAAUAGGGAAAGUAUAUUAAGUUUGUUGUUUCCACGGAAAACAACUCUACCUGAAUCUGUAGAACAUGAAGAAGACCAAGUGAAGAAUGUCGAUUCUUUGUCUUUGAGUGAGCCAAUUGAAAUCGCCGCCUUGUUCCAGGAAAUAUCUUAUGCUUUGAGAUCAGUAAAGGAUACAACUGAUAAGAGUUUUGAUAGGUUCAUAUCUCAUCUUCCACAUAUAAAGGUAAAUUCAACUUCUCAACGUUAUCUAAUGUUCAAUUGA